GAAGUUCCUCAUAAUGAAAAGGUGGAACACUACUAUGCCGCGAGUGUUUGAUUCACUACGUUGUUCCAAAUAAGGUCACUUGAAUUUGUACUGUAUUUCAGUUGGAGCACCAUGGGAUCAUGCAUCGAAAUCGCAGCGACCAUCGGCUCAAUCCUUUUGAUACUCAUUACGUUUCCGAUUGCGCCGUUUUUCUGCAUCAAGGUGGUGAGGGAGUACGAGCGCGCCGUUAUAUUUCGAUUGGGAAAAUUGAGGAAGGGUGGAGCAAAGGGUCCCGGAACGUUCUUCAUUCUUCCGUGCAUCGACACCUACGCGUGCGUGGACAUUCGGACGGUUUCGUUUGAUGUCCCCGCUCAGGAGGCCCUGACCAAGGAUUCGGUAACGGUCAAGGUGGACGCCGUCGUGUAUUACCGUAUUCAGGAUCCUUUGGACGCGGUUGUCAAGGUCGCGAAUUACAGCCACUCCACGAAGUUGCUGGCGAUGACCACCCUACGAAACAUACUGGGCACAAGAAACCUUGCCGAGAUUCUCUCCGAACGCGAGGCCAUAUCGCACUCGAUGCAAGUGAGCUUAGACGAAGCCACCGAUCCGUGGGGGGUCAAAGUGGAACGAGUAGAAAUAAAAGACGUCAGUCUUCCGAUGCAACUGCAAAGAGCGAUGGCGGCCGAAGCGGAGGCAUCGCGCGAAGCCCGAGCCAAGGUCAUCGCCGCGGAGGGUGAGAUGAAGGCAUCUCGCGCGCUGAAGGAGGCCGCCGACGUCAUAUCCGAAUCACCGGCAGCCCUACAACUGAGAUACCUGCAGACCUUGAACACAAUAUCGGCCGAGAAGAAUUCCACUAUCGUCUUUCCUCUGCCGAUGGACAUCCUUUCUGCCUUCCUGCCAAGGCAGUAACAUAUUUUUAACUACUUAAUAGCUAUAUUUUUUUACGUUGACAAAAAGUUUUCUUUAAUAUACUAUUUUGUGAUAUCUUUUA